ACUCCUCGACAUCUCCCAACCGCCCCAUCGCCGCAUCCACCACUUCCGUCCAUCUCAGGAAAGAUCUCGACGCUCUUCUACACCCAACAAACCAACCCUAACAAACCGCAAAUAUGGUUUCCGAACUUUGCCCCGUCUAUGCCCCCUUCUUCGGUGCCAUGGGCUGCACGUCCGCUAUCGUCUUCGCUUGCUUCGGUGCGGCCUACGGAACUGCUAAGGCUGGUGUUGGUGUCUCGGCCAUGGGUGUCCUCCGCCCUGACCUGAUUGUAAAGAACAUUAUUCCCGUUGUCAUGGCGGGUAUUAUUGGUAUCUACGGUCUCGUCGUGUCUGUCCUCAUCUCCAACGGCCUGAAACAGGAGUCUUCGCUGUUCGCCAACUUCAUCCAACUCGGUGCUGGUCUCUCCGUUGGUCUUUCGGGUAUGGCUGCCGGUUUUGCCAUCGGUAUUGUCGGUGAUGCUGGUGUACGAGGAACCGCUCAGCAGCCCAGGCUUUUCGUCGGAAUGAUUCUGAUCCUCAUUUUCGCUGAAGUUUUGGGUCUCUAUGGCCUUAUUGUCGCCCUUCUCAUGAACUCCAAGGCUGGUGAGGCUCAAUGCUAAACGCUUACGCGGCCCAUGAUUGCAGACAAGAACCGACAAACACAAUCUGCAACACGCAACAUCGGCAUCGAUACCUGAAGUACGACGAUAUGUUCCAACUACGUGGCGCGUAUCAACAGCAUUCGCGUCACUCUGUAUGUCUACCCACAUGUAUCUUGCGAACGGACGGACAACGAAGGCUUCCCAAAGUCAGGAAGCGAGGAGGCGGUAUAUAAUGGCAUCGGUUGAGGUGCACUUGGCGAUCCAUUUGGUGGCGUGUAUUCUAGGGUUUCAUCAAUCUCAUUUCUGCGCUUGUAAACGAAAUGCAUAUGUUUUUUCUGUCCUUUCGCAUGUCUGACUCUAAAGUUGCACUUUACAAACGUCCGAAUAACAAAGUUGUGAUAGAACAUGUACAUCAUGCCCACACCGAUUCAUAGUCAUGCACACCAGAACGUACAACAUCUCGGAAGGCUCCGGCAUCUUUGCUUUCACAGAAAGAACAGGCGUAUGUAAUUCUACGACGCGGUAUUAUCGUCG